GAAUACGGCUGGUUUCCAGAUAUAACCAUGUAUUUGUGGCUUAAACUUUUGGCCUUCGGCUUUGUCUUUCUGGACACUGGAUUGUUUGUUACAGGACAGAGUUCUUCACCUGCUACAACUCCAGUGCAGUCCUGUGAAGAAAAUAUCUCUGUGAGCUACACUUACAACAAUGAAAGUAAAUUUUUUACUGCAAAAGUAACCGUUAAUAAAGAUACAUGUAGGUGUGACGAUCAAAUAAUCGGUAACCUAACAGCAUGCCAGGAUUUCAGUGUAGAUUUUACUUCAUGCAAUAUUUCAUCUAAGAUCUACUGGACACCCUCAGCAUUUGAAUUUAAAGAUAUCACAAAGGAUGUAACAGCAAAUACUUCUGUUCUUUUAAUUUGGAAUUCAAUUAAUGGUUGUGAAGAAAAUAUUACUUACAGUUUUCAAUGUGCUCCCAAGAAACCUACGUCUUUUUCUUGUGAAGCUGAAAAUGCAACGGCAGGAAUUUUUACCUGGGCACAUCCUCGAAACACUAUGCUUAAUUUUUGUCUUUCUACUAGCUUUAAGUCAGAUAUUGUCCACCUAACAAAGGGUGAAACUGAGUAUAGUUACAAUAAGUUGAAGCCUUACACAAACUAUACUGUAACACUAUCUACUUUCCUAUAUGGAAGAAGGGGAGUGAAGCGUGAUGGACCUGAAGUCACAUGUAAUUUUUCCACACCAGCUUCUGAGCCAGGCCCUGUCAAAAACUUGGAACUUUUUUCAACUUCAGAGAAUAGCGUGCGAGUGACUUGUAGUAGUCCUGCAGAACGUAAUGGCCCAGAAGGUGACUAUCGUUUGGUGGUCACAGGAGACAACAAGCAUCAAGUAAUGCAGACGGAGAAAAAAUGCCUCUUCAAUGUAAGCGACCUUCACUAUUUAACAAAUUAUACUUUUGAGGUCCGUUAUCACAAUACUCAUGCAUUAGGAAAGCCACAGUUUAAAAGCAGUGUAACAUCAUAUAAUUCUCAAGCACUGAUUAUAUUUUUGGUAUUUUUGAUUAUUGUGACAUCAAUAGCUCUGCUUGUUGUUCUCUAUAAAAUCUAUGAUCUACAAAAGAGAAGAUCCAGAGAUUUAGAAGAACAACAGGAACUUGUUGAAAGGGAUGAUGAAAAGCAGCUGAUGAAUGUGGAGGCAAUCAGUGCAGAGAAUUUGUUAGCAACUUAUCAGAGAAAGAUGGCUGAUGAAGGAAGACUUUUUCUGGCUGAAUUUCAGAGCAUUCCAAGGGUGUUCAGCAAGUUUUCUAUCAAGGAUGCUCGAAAACCCUUUAACCAGACCAAAAACCGUUAUGUUGACAUCCUUCCUUAUGAUUAUAAUCGUGUUGAACUCUCUGAUCUAAAUGGAGAUGCAGGGUCAAACUAUAUAAAUGCCAGUUAUAUUGAUGGUUUCAAAGAACCAAGGAAAUACAUUGCUGCACAAGGUCCACGGGAAGAAACUGUUGAUGAUUUCUGGAGGAUGAUAUGGGAACAGAAAGCCACAGUUAUUGUCAUGGUCACUCGAUGUGAAGAAGGAAAUAGGAACAAAUGUGCAGAAUACUGGCCAUCCAUGGAAGAGGGAACACGCACCUUCGGAGAUGUCACUGUAAACAUCAGUGAACACAAACGAUGUCCAGACUAUGUCAUUCAGAAAAUGAACAUUAUAAAUAAAAGAGAAAAGACAGCCAAAAGAGAGAUAACUCACAUUCAGUUCACCAGCUGGCCAGACCAUGGCGUGCCUGAGGAUUCUCACCUGCUCCUCAAGCUGCGGAGGAGAGUGAACGCGUUCAGCAACUUAUUCAGUGGCCCAAUAGUAGUGCACUGCAGUGCUGGUGUUGGGCGCACUGGUACCUACAUUGGAAUUGAUGCCAUGCUAGAAGGCCUGGAGAAGGAGGGCAAAGUGGAUAUUUAUGGUUAUGUCGUCAAACUGAGGAGACAGAGAUGCCUGAUGGUUCAAGUGGAGACACAGUACAUUUUGAUCCAUCAGGCAUUGGUGGAAUACAAUCAAUAUGGAGAAACAGAAGUGAGCUUAUCUGAAUUAUAUCCAUAUGUACAAAACAUGAAGAAAAGAGAUUCUCUCAGUGACCUAUCUCUACUAGAGGCAGAAUUCCAGAGACUUCCUACGUAUAGGAGCUGGAAGACACAGCACGCUGGCAAUCAUGAAGAAAAUAAAAGUAAAAACAGGAAUUCUCAUAUCAUUCCAUAUGACUUUAACAGAGUGCUACUUAAACAUGAACUGGAAAUGAGCCAAGAGAGUGAGCACGACUCAGAUGAAUCUUCUGAUGAUGACAGUGACUCAGAGGAAAUGAGCAAGUACAUCAAUGCAUCCUUUGUAAUGAGUUACUGGAAACCUGAAAUGAUGAUUGCUGCUCAGGGGCCUCUGAAAGAAACCAUUGGUGACUUUUGGCAGAUGAUAUUCCAAAGAAAAGUAAAAGUUAUUGUUAUGUUGACAGAGCUGAAGAGUGGAGACCAGGAAGCCUGUGCUCAGUACUGGGGAGAAGGAAAGCAAAGAUAUGAAGAUGUAGAAGUUGAAAUGAAAAACACAAGUAAAUCUCCAGCUUACACCCUUCGUGUAUUCGAACUGAGACAUUCCAAGAGAAAAGAAUGUCGAACUGUGCACCAGUACCAGUUUCACAAUUGGAAUGUGGAAGAGCUUCCUGCAGAACCCAAAGAAUUAAUCUCUAUGAUUCAGGUUCUCAAACAAGAACUUCCCAAGAAGAAUCCCACUGAAGGGACUAAGUAUCACAAGAACGUGCCUCUUCUUAUUCAUUGCAGGGAUGGAGCUAAUCAAACAGGAAUAUUUUGUGCUUUGUUAAAUCUCUUGGAAAGUGCAGCAACAGAAGAGGUGAUUGAUGUGUUUCAAGUGGUAAAAUCUCUACGCAAAGCAAGGCCAGGAAUGGUGUCCACAUUUGAGCAAUAUCAAUUCCUAUAUGAAAUCAUGGCUAGCAUCUAUCCUGCCCAGAAUGGACAAGUAAAGAAAGACAACCAAGGAGACAAAAUUGAAUUUGAAAAUGAAGUGGACAAAGCAAAACAGGAUGCUAAUUGUGUCAAUCUAGUUGCCCUAGAUAAACCCCAAGAAGGAAACAAAGAAGAUGAAGUUCCCAAACCAACCAAUGUCACUGAGGAGCUAGAACAAUCUGCUAAUGGUCCAGCAAGUCCAGCUUUAACACAGAGUACAUAGAAAAAGACAAAAUUGGGGCAAUUCAGAAACUCACCUAGCAAGUAUUUCUAUUUUUCUAGAAAUAGAUGGUAAAAUAGUUACAUAGUAGAUUAAUCAAAUGCACUGGACCAGUACUUUGGGGGAAGUGUCUGAUUUACUAGAAACAAAUAUUUAAGAUGGUUUUGCUAAAACAUUUGUACAGUCUUGUGCUUUUUUUUUUUUUAAUUUUAUCUAUCAGCCACAAAAGGCAUCUUCUUUGUACUCUUGCGUGUGUGUGUGUGUGUGCAUGUGUGCGUGACAGGUAGAAAGAGAGGAAGGCUGAAUUCAAGUGAAUCUAAAUGCUCUUGAGAAUGCCUUUUUUGUCUUUUUACAAAGAACAUAUUUUAUACUGGAAGAUUAAUUUAGCUUAAAAAAACUAUCUUUAAAAAAUCAUGAAUUCUAUGUGGAAUAGGUAAAAGAAUAACUGCUAUAUUUCUAGAAUGUUCCAAGAAGUCCGCCUUGCUCUACUCACAUUAUGAUUUACUAUUUUACUUCUAGAAAUAGAUAUAUAAGUUGUGUGUAUGUGUGUGUGUAGUUACCACAAGUAGGUCAGCUAAAUUAAGUUUUAAAAACCUUAGAGUCCAGAUGUUAGCAUUUAGUCCAAUAUUUUUUCAAGCUUAUUUAAUCUAAUUUAAAAUUUUAAGCAAGGCUAUCUUGCUAUCUUCUCAUAGUGUCUACGGUUUUUCAGCAUGGAUAUUCUCUGCACUGUAUGUAAAAUUCAUUUCUUGGUACUUUUAACAAAAAGUUGUAUGUCUCUGACAACCAAACUUAAAUAAAUAUCUUUAAAUAAAUCCAACAUAUAUUAAAUUCAUAGGCUAAAAAUAAAAUAAUUAAAAUGUAUUUGUGCUAAGUAUUAACACAUGAUACCUAAUAUACUUGUUGUUACGGAGCUCAGCAUUGAUAAGAGAAAUAUCCUAUUGCAUAUGUGUAUUUUCCAUGUGUAUUUUCCAUGUUAAAGUUUAUCCUUGACUUUCAUUGAAGUGUACUUACUUUGUAUUUUUCAAAUGCUUAGACUGCUUUUACCAGGUGUUAUCAAUAAUCAUAA